UAUUUUAAAGGGAGGCCGUAUUGUAUUUCCAUAAAUUACAUGGAAUUCCCUCUAACCGCCAAUUAACAAAUAAAACAGACAACGAAAAAAAGGCGCACAAAUCAAACCUCUUCGAUACAUUUAUUCGUUUUCGUCUUCUUCCUUUUACGGUUAUCAAAUCUUUUGUUUGAGUUCUUUGUUUUUGGCGUAGAUUUUCUUCAAUUUCCACCAUGAGUGACAUCUUCACAGCAGCUUCUAAUGGAGACCUUAAACGCAUCAAAGAAAUCGUGAAAAAUUUGAAUGAUAAGUUUGGAGAACAGACUGCGAAAGAAAUCUUGGGAGCAAAAGAUUCGAGCGGGCAUACAAUUCUUCACGUUGCUGCUUCCGAGGGUCGAACUUUAUUCUGCAAAUACCUAGUCGACACUAUCAAAUUUGAUAUUGAUUGCAAAGAUCGAAUGGGUUACACCCCUCUGCAUUAUGCGGUUUUCGAAGGAAAUUUCAUGACUUCUUCUUUUCUACUGGAUCAUGGUGCAGAUCCUAAUAUGACAUGCAAUGCGGGAUUAACUGCAUUGCACUAUGCUGCUAAAAAAGGAAGGAAGGACCAGGUGAAACUUUUAAUAACAAAAGGUGACGUAGUUAAUGCGCCAUCGGCUUCUAGAGGCACGCCAUUGCGAUUUGCUGCCCAUGGCAAGAGAGAUGCUCUUAAGAUUUUGCUUGAACAUAAAGCUAAUCCAAAUUAUACUAGUCAUCCCUUAUUGAACCCGUUGAUGGUUGCCAUCCUAGACAAAUCUCUUGAUUGCAUAAGGCUACUGCUGAAGAAUGAUGCUGACCCGAAUCUUGGUUUAGAAAAACCUUUGGUUGUUGCUGUAUUUGGAGGCAAUAAGGAGAUUAUCAAAUGCUUGCUUCAAGCUGGAGCUGAUCCUAAUGCUACUAAUUUUCGUGAUCUUACACCAAUUGAAAUUGCGGCUAUGGAAGGUCAUCUUACAGUUGUAGACACCCUCUUUGAUAUUACUGCUCGUAUUCCUCAUAUUCCGACCUGGAGCUGUUUUGGAAUACACGAGUAUAUCAACUCUCAGGAAGCAAAACAUCAGCGGGAACUCAAAGCUAAAGCAAAAUUCUUAGAAGCAAAUGAAAAUGGAGCACAAGCCAUCAGAGCAAUUACAUGACUGCAGUUUACUGGUAUACAGAGGCUUUAAGGAUGAAGGCAACAGAUACGACAUCGUUAUCCAACAGGAGCCUGUGCUGGUCCUGCAUGAACGAGGCCGAUCUUGCACUCUCGGAUGCAUAUUACUGCACUAAACUGAGACCAGAUUGGUUUGAGGGAUAUUACCGUACAGGAGUAGCCCAGAUGACGCUGAAGGACUAUAGAAAUGCAGUAGCAGCAUUUAGCAAUGCGUGUAAGUAUGAUCCUCUCAAUAAGGAGCUUCAAGAUGCUUACAGUGAGGCGUUGGCGUUACAAGCACCACUGACGGAUGAUUUCAGCCAGCUCUCUGUUGAUUAGUGUUCAUUGCAAUCUGUAGUUUUGUGACUGGAAUAGAAGAGAAGUGGUGUAUAUUUUCUGACUAGACUAGAAAAGAACUUGGCACAACAUUUGUCUUGGUGAUUGAUGUAGAAAAUGUAUAUCUUAGAAUACGAUACAAUAUGUCUGAGGAAUUACAAAACAGUAUGGCCGGAGUACUUGUGUAUAGACC